AUGAGUGCUACACAACCUACCAACGAAAAGAUUGAGAAGAAUCAAUCUGACGACGAAGAUGAAGACAUUGACGCUUUAGUCGCUGAGUUGCAAUCCAACCCAGGUGCAAUUGACGAAGAAGAAGAGGAAGACAAUGAAGCUUCCUUCAAAGCCGUCCCAGAAGAACUCUUGCAAACCGACCCAAGAACCGGUUUGACCGACGACGAAGUCCACAAGAGAAGAAAGAGAUAUGGUUUGAAUCAAAUGGCUGAGGAAAGUGAAAACUUGGUUGUUAAAUUCGCCAUGUUCUUUGUUGGUCCAAUUCAAUUCGUUAUGGAGGCCGCUGCCGUCUUGGCUGCCGGUUUGGAAGAUUGGGUCGAUUUCGGUGUUAUCUGUGCUUUGCUUUUGUUGAAUGCUUUUGUCGGUUUCAUCCAAGAAUACCAAGCUGGUUCCAUUGUUGAUGAAUUGAAGAAGACCUUGGCCAACACCGCCUUGGUUGUCCGUAACGGUCAAUUGGUUGAAAUCCCAGCCAAUGAAGUUGUCCCAGGUGACAUUUUGCAAUUGGAAGACGGUACCGUUAUCCCAACCGAUGGUAGAAUUGUUUCCGAAGACUGUCUUUUGCAAGUUGAUCAAUCCGCUAUCACUGGUGAAUCCUUGGCUGUUGACAAGAGACACGGUGACAACUGUUACUCCUCAUCCACUGUCAAGACUGGUGAAGCCUUUAUGGUUGUUACCGCUACUGGUGACAAUACCUUUGUCGGUAGAGCUGCUUCUUUGGUUAACAAGGCUUCUUCAGGUACUGGUCACUUUACCGAAGUCUUGAACGGUAUCGGUACUACCUUGUUGGUCUUUGUCAUUGUUACCUUGUUGGUUGUCUGGGUUGCUUGUUUCUACAGAACUGUUAGAAUUGUCCCAAUCUUGAGAUACACCUUGGCCAUCACCAUUAUUGGUGUCCCAGUUGGUUUGCCAGCUGUCGUUACCACCACCAUGGCUGUCGGUGCUGCUUACUUGGCUAAGAAGCAAGCUAUUGUGCAAAAAUUGUCUGCUAUCGAAUCUUUGGCUGGUGUCGAAAUCUUGUGUUCUGACAAGACUGGUACUUUGACUAAGAACAAGUUGUCUCUUCACGAACCAUACACUGUUGAAGGUGUCGAACCAGAUGACUUGAUGUUGACUGCUUGUCUUGCUGCUUCAAGAAAGAAGAAGGGUUUGGAUGCUAUUGACAAGGCCUUUUUGAAAUCAUUGAUUAACUACCCAAGAGCCAAGGCUGCUUUGCCAAAAUACAAGGUUAUCGAGUUCCAACCAUUCGACCCUGUCUCAAAGAAGGUUACCGCUAUUGUUGAAUCACCAGAAGGUGAAAGAAUUAUUUGUGUUAAAGGUGCUCCACUUUUCGUCUUGAAGACUGUUGAAGAUGACCACCCAAUCCCUGAAGAUAUCCACGAAAACUACCAAAACACCGUUGCUGAAUUUGCUUCUAGAGGUUUCAGAUCUCUUGGUGUUGCUAGAAAGAGAGGUGAAGGUCACUGGGAAAUCUUGGGUAUUAUGCCAUGUAUGGAUCCUCCAAGAGACGAUACCGCUGCUACUGUUAACGAAGCUAGAAGAUUGGGUUUGAGAGUCAAGAUGUUAACUGGUGAUGCCGUUGGUAUUGCUAAGGAAACUUGUCGUCAAUUGGGUUUGGGUACUAACAUUUACGAUGCUGACAGAUUGGGUCUUUCCGGUGGUGGUGACAUGGCUGGUUCCGAGAUUGCUGACUUUGUUGAAAAUGCCGAUGGUUUUGCUGAAGUUUUCCCACAACACAAGUAUAACGCUGUUGAGAUUUUGCAAUCUAGAGGUUACUUGGUUGCCAUGACUGGUGACGGUGUUAACGAUGCCCCAUCAUUGAAGAAGGCUGACACUGGUAUUGCUGUUGAAGGUGCUACCGAUGCCGCUCGUUCUGCUGCUGAUAUUGUUUUCCUUGCCCCAGGUUUGUCUGCCAUUAUUGAUGCCUUGAAGACCUCGAGACAAAUUUUCCACAGAAUGUACUCUUAUGUUGUUUACCGUAUUGCUUUGUCAUUGCACUUGGAAUUGUUCCUUGGUUUGUGGAUUGCUAUCUUGAACCACUCCUUGAACAUUGACUUGGUUGUGUUUAUUGCUAUCUUUGCUGAUGUUGCCACCUUGGCCAUUGCUUACGACAAUGCUCCAUACGACCCUAAACCAGUUAAGUGGAACACCCCAAGAUUGUGGGGUAUGUCCAUCAUUUUGGGAAUAAUUUUGGCUGUUGGUACCUGGAUUACUUUGACCACCAUGUUCUUGCCAAAGGGUGGUAUCAUUCAAAACUUUGGUGGUCUUGACGGUAUUUUGUUUUUGCAAAUCUCCUUGACUGAGAACUGGUUGAUUUUCAUCACCAGAGCUCAAGGUCCAUUCUGGUCAUCAAUCCCAUCAUGGCAAUUGUCUGGUGCUGUGUUUAUCGUUGAUAUCAUUGCUACUAUGUUCACCUUGUUUGGCUGGUGGUCACAAAACUGGACCGAUAUUGUCACUGUUGUGCGUAUCUGGGUCUGGUCAUUUGGUGUCUUCUGUGUCAUGGGUGGUGCAUACUACUUGAUGAGUGAAUCACAAGCCUUUGACAACUUCUGUAACGGUAAGCCAAGCGCAAAGCACCAAAGAGACUCUAGAUCUUUGGAAGAUUUCCUUGUCUCCAUGCAAAGAGUUUCUACUCAACACGAAAAAUCUACUUAG